CCUGUGCAAGUUGCUGGGGGAGCCGCUGGGCCAACGGAAAGACCUUUGAGUGUCUGAGGAGUCGCGUGAGGGCACUGACAAAAGAGAAGUCCCCUUGGGUGUCUGCUGAAGGGAGAAGGUGUUUAAGAUAGAAGUAUUCAUGAAUGGAAGAAAACAUUUUGUGGAGAAGAGGUACAGUGAAUUUCAUGCCUUGCACAAAAAGCUUAAGAAAUGUAUAAAAACUCCAGAAAUCCCUUCUAAGCACGUUAGAAACUGGGUACCAAAAGUCUUGGAGCAACGGCGACAAGGUUUGGAGACCUACUUACAGGCUGUCAUUUUAGAAAAUGAAGAACUUCCCAAACUCUUUCUUGAUUUCCUCAACGUCAGACACUUGCCCUCUCUACCAAAGGCCGAAAGUUGUGGAUCUUUUGAUGAGACAGAAUCAGAAGAGUCGAGCAAACUGUCCCACCAGCCAGUGCUGCUGUUCCUCAGGGAUCCAUUCGUCUUGCCUGUAGCCAGCGACUUUCCAAAUGUGGUUAUCGAAGGAGUCCUCCACGGGGUCUUUUACCCCCAUCCGCAGCCCAGGUAGAAGUCCUCCGAAGAGUUUCAAACUCGUAGUCCAGAAAACCGAUAUCUGCCAAACUCACUUGCACGGACCCAACUCGAGCUAGGGGAGAAAUUCAGCCCCAGCCCCAGUAGUUCAGGGCAGGAUGUCUCCAUGUGAAUGGCGCUUUUCAAAACAGAACCCAAGAGGUGGUUCGGACGCAGUGUUCGAAGCAAAUGGUGGCUGCCCGCGUGAGCCCGCGUGAGCCCGCGUGAGCCUGCGUGAGCCCACGUGUCCCACCCCGAAGCUGCGCUCUGCCUCCCAGCCGAAGCUCCUGUGUCUCGGGUGGAGCAGCGUUGCUGGCUUUUCUGUUCAGAGCACGUUACUCACUCCUCUGCCUUGCCUCGAGUGGGAGCGUAAGCAUCACGGGAGGCUCCCAGACACCACGGCCUAACCGUGAAGAAGGAGCCAGACUGGGAAUUCAUGACUCUGACAGAAUCCCGCCUUACACAGCUCAGCCUGGUGACUGACACGUGCAGCGCCUGGGAUGGCUUCCGCCGUCUGUGUGCGCCCUUUGGAAAGGUGCCAUGUUGGAAGUCUGAACACACAGCAGUUUCCUCUAUCUUGGGAGAGAUGAGCAUGACUGCAGACCGGCUGAUGCUGUUGGUAGGUUUGCAGGGAGUCUGUCUACAAAGCAUACACUUAGCCAGCGCUGGCGGCUCUGCCUGUAACCCUAAGCUACUCAGGAGGCUGAGGUCUCAGGAUCCUGACUUGAAGCCAGCCUGGGACAGGAAAGAUUGUGAGACUUUAUCUCCAGUUAAUGAGCAAAAGGCUGGCAGUGCAAGCGUGGCUCAAGGAGUAGAACAUGAGCCUGGAGCAGAAAGGCCGAGGCCCUGCGUUGAAGCCGAGGUGCAGCACAGACAAAAACAAGGGGGAAACACACACCUUCUGACACCAGGAUCCCAGGUAGCCCUGCAAGACGCUUGCCUGCGAAGCAGCUGCGGAGGGCUGUGGACAGUGCCGCCCGUGGGCAGUGGUCCUCUGCCUCCACCCACGGGUGAGCAUUUGCCACCCAGUGGCAUUGCUCCAGCAUGUCUGGUCUUCCUCAUUGGUUCCUUCCCAUUCACCUCAUGAGCUGAGUGAAGUGUGGGUGACUCAAUU